AACCAGGAGCUUAAACAACCAAAAAAAUGGCACUUUCAGUACUGCUUUACAUCGAUCCUCGUCCAACUCUUUCUCUCCAGCCCCUACAACCAUCCCUUUUUUCUUCACGACCCAGGAAGGCCCAUAUCCUUUACCGUAACCCUAACCCUAACCCCAAAACUUCCAAAAUGUUACUCCAGAGAGCCAACGCGGUUCCACUGCAGGGAGCAGUAUCGGAGGCGAUGAACCUUAUUCAAUCUGUGCCGCCCACUUGGCAAUCCGCCUUACUCAGUAACAUCCUGAUCUUCGUUUUGGGGUCCCCGAUUCUGGUCUCUGGGUUAUCUCUUUCCGGGAUUGGCGCCGCUUUCUUGCUCGGUACUCUCACUUGGCGCGCUUUUGGAUCGUCUGGUUUCCUUCUCGUUGCCUCUUAUUUCGUCAUUGGAACAGCAGCAACAAAGGUGAAAAUGGCUCAGAAGGAAGCACAAGGAGUGGCUGAGAAGAGAAGAGGGAGGAGAGGGCCUGGUAGUGUAAUUGGUUCCAGUGCUGCUGGUUGUGUUUGUGCUUUUCUUUCAAUCUUUGGAAUAGGAGGUCAGGCGCUUUCUCAGCUUUGGCUAUUAGGGUUUGUUGCCAGUUUCUGCACUAAGUUGAGUGACACUGUUUCCAGUGAGAUAGGCAAGGCAUAUGGCAAAACAACGUACUUGGUUACAAAUUUUAAGGUAGUACCAAGAGGAACUGAAGGGGCUGUCAGUGUUGAAGGAACAAUUGCUGGAUUUUUGGCAUCAGUUCUUCUUGCUAGUAUUGCUUGUCUGAUGGGCGAGAUAGAUGCUCGUAAGGCAGUUAUAUGCGUAAUAGCUUCUCAGAUUGCUAAUCUUGGUGAGAGCAUAAUAGGUGCUGCACUUCAGGAUAAAGAAGGAUUUCGAUGGCUCACCAAUGAUGCUGUAAAUGUCAUCAACAUAUCUGUGGGAAGCAUUUUAGCAGUCUUGAUGCAAAAAGUUGCCCUUGGAAACUGAAGGAUGCAGACCUAGUUCAUGCUGCACGCUUUAUCAUGAUCUCCACAAAAAUGGAUGACAAAGAAUAUUAGUUUUGAAUUUUUCAUAAAAUUCAUAACAGGCUUAAAUUUGAUCAAUUCUUGGCUGACUGUUGUACUAAUGAAUUUUAAUGUGGAGAAAAGGGGAAAAAAUAUAUAUCUUUUACUUUCUUGUCAAUUCUUUUGUAAGUAUAUUCUAGUUAUACUGCCUGUAAAAAUGCACAGUACUUGUAUUUUUACCUAUACACGUUCUCAAAUAUUCAUUGCCUA